CGACUCUUUCAUGUGCACCUGAUUCAUUCCUUCCUCAUUUCAAGAUGGCUGCCUCGGCUAAGUUAGAAGACAAGGCGAUUUGGGAGGACGGAGAGGAAGCACUCGGGGAAGAGGUGCUCCGCAUGUCAAAUGAUGAAAUCAUUGGUCGGACCAGACUGCUGGACAAUGAAAUUAAGAUCAUGAAGAGUGAGAUCAUGCGGAUUCAGCACGAACUGCAAGCUCAGAAAGAAAAAAUCAAGGAGAACCAGGAGAAGAUCAAAGUGAACAAAACCCUCCCGUACUUGGUGUCAAAUGUGAUUGAGUUACUUGACGUUGAGCCAGAAGACUCUGGCGAAGCGGAGGGAGCCAACGUUGAUCUAGACUCGCAGCGCAAGGGCAAAUGCGCCGUCAUCAAGACAUCCACCCGACAGACCUACUUCCUUCCGGUGAUAGGCUUGGUAGACCCGGAGAAACUACACCCCGGGGACCUGGUGGGCGUCAACAAGGAUUCCUACCUCAUACUGGAAACGUUACCACAAGAGUUUGAUUCCAGGGUGAAAGCCAUGGAAGUUGACGAGAGACCGACAGAGCAGUACAGUGAUAUCGGAGGGCUGGACAAACAGAUUCAAGAGCUGAUUGAAGCAGUCGUCCUGCCCAUGACUCACAAAGAACGGUUUGAAAAUAUUGGUAUCCAGCCUCCCAAAGGAGUGCUCCUGUAUGGGCCGCCAGGCACCGGGAAGACGCUUAUGGCCCGAGCCUGUGCUGCUCAAACUAAGUCGACAUUCCUGAAGCUGGCCGGCCCCCAGCUAGUGCAGAUGUUCAUUGGGGAUGGUGCCAAGUUGGUGCGCGACGCUUUCGCCCUGGCCAAAGAGAAACUGCCCGCUAUCAUCUUCAUUGACGAGCUGGAUGCCAUCGGCACCAAGCGCUUUGACAGCGAGAAGGCCGGUGACCGGGAGGUGCAGCGCACCAUGCUGGAGCUGUUGAACCAGCUGGAUGGCUUCAGCUCCAGCGAGGAGAUCAAGGUGAUAGCCGCCACCAACAGAGUUGAUAUCUUAGAUCCGGCCUUGCUUCGCUCAGGUCGUUUGGAUAGGAAGAUUGAGUUCCCCAACCCCAACGAGGAGGCCCGGGCGCGCAUCCUACAAAUUCACUCACGGAAGAUGAACGUUGGGACUGAUGUUAACUUUGAGGAGUUGGCUCGAUGUACAGAUGACUUCAACGGAGCCCAGUGCAAGGCAGUCUGCGUUGAAGCUGGGAUGAUAGCUCUCAGACGAGGGGCCACCGAGCUGGCUCAUGAAGACUACAUGGACGGCAUCUUAGAGGUGCAAGCCAAGAAGAAAGCUAACCUCAAUUACUACGCUUAGCAGAAACCAUUCAAGCAAAGGGACCCAGUUUCAUGGAACCAAAUUACAAUCCUGCUAAGCAUGGAAACAGAAAGUUGCUCAGCUCAAAUUGGGGCACCCAUUAAAAUGUCAUUCUUUGCUAAUAACACUGUCGACUGGUCAACGUUCGUCUGAAUUUUCUAGGCAAUAAUUUCCGCCGGGGGGUUUGAUGAAACUGGGUCAGGAUUCUUGUCAACUUCCUGGCUCAGUGACACAGUUUGAAAUGCUCAGUCAGUAUACCAAGCUGAAAGUCGGCACAACUCUGUUCAGAUUGGUGACCAAAUCUAUGAGCAUCUUUGAGGAUAUUUAGAGUUGCUUGUGUCUGCUUUUUUCCCGAAGUUUCUGCUCAUCAGUAAUUGUGGAGUUGUGCCAUGAUGUUGGGCCCUAAUGCCAAUUCGGGAAGACGGGGUCUGUGUAUUGUCUAAUUUGCAAAACAAAUCCCAUUAGAACUCCGUACUUGAAGAGUUAGUGUACAACUAAUUGAUGUCAGCCGCCAAUAAAACUUCUGAAGACUAAAGAA